UGACAUCUAAUGAAUAACAUAACCUAAAAAGCGUUGUUGCGACCAAAAUAUUAUUUGUUGGUAUCUUUUCUUUGAUAUUAAUUCAAAAUGGAAUCGUUAAACCGUAGACCGAAACCUGGUGAAGGUGAAGAAGAACUAUUGCGGAUGCAGGAAGAAUUUCUACGACAAAAAAGUAAGAACCAAAAUCUUCAGCCAGCAGCGCAGGUCACCAAUUUAAGAAGUGAUUACUCACAACCCCCCAAGCGACCUCUCCCAGAGGUAACCAGCACGAGGAAACCUUCGAAAUACGCACAAAGCAAAGGAUUAAAAACGCAUGAGAAAAAGGCGCGCGUUUCAGACGAAAUAGGCGCUGUAUUCGGAAAUAUUGUCGAGAAAAACACAGAAGAUUCACCAAGCAACAAAGAAUCGGAUGUUGAUGACAAAGUAUACUUUCCGCAGGUUGUUCCAUCAGUUUUAGGAGAUAUUAUAGAGAAACAUGCAGAUGGUGGUUUAGACCUUGAUUCUAAACCAAUGCCUGCGCAAGGGUUCCCAGUGGCAACCAAACGAGAUUUCAAAGUAAUUUCAAAUAGAAAAGUUGCAUGUUCGCAAGGAACAAGUAAUAGCAAUGCUCAAAGUGGUAUUAUGGAUGUUGAUGAACCAUGCAGUUCUACCACAGAAACAGUACAAACUACUAAUUUAAAUCUCCCUCAACAUAGUUAUAUUCUGUCAUCCAGCGAUGCAAAUGAAAUCCACAAAGAGAAUGUUAGUGUUUUAAGCAAAUUGUCUGAAAAAGAAAUCUUGGAAGAGAAACAGAAACUUAUGGGUACAUUAGACCCUAAAUUGGUUGAAUUUAUAAAAUCCAGAAGAAAAGCCAAUGAAUCCAAGAAACAAACAGAAGUUAAAUUUAAGGAAGCUUCAAUAAAUAAAGCAAUAGAUGAAAGAAUGGAUGCCACUACUUGUGAAGAAGAGGGUGAUUCCUCAACAUUUAUUAAUGACUCACUUUGGGAAAAUGAUGUCCUUUCACAUCCAAAUGUUGAACAGUGGCUGCACUUUGACUCUCUGGAAAAAGACAAACUAGAAUGGAUGAAAGGCAUUGAAGAAAGCAAGAAGAUUAAGGCAGAUGAGCCUUAUGAAGCCAGGUUUGACUUCACUGGGUAUCUUUUGCCAUAUACAAUUGAAUAUACAGAGAAAACAAAAACAUUAUUUCAUCACGGAGAUGAGCCUCAUAGGCCAGGGUACUCCCUGACUGAACUGUUUGAACUCUCUCGCUCCACAGUUACCCAACAAAGAGUCAUGGCAUUGAACACAAUUGCUGGAGUUCUUGAGUACUUCAGUGCAGGUACAUACAAGGACAUAAUAGAUAUACCACUGAGCAAAAUAUUCUUUAUCGUCAGAAUUGCCAUGGAUGAAAAUAAACCAGUCAUUUUAGAACCAGCUCUGAAAGCCAUGAGGAACAUGGUCUACAACAGGAUAGAUGAAGCCAGUCUAGAUGCGUUGCUGGGAUUUGAGGAAGGAAGCAGACAGCCAUGCCUAGAAAAUGAUAAAUCAGAAAUAGAAGAUCUUGAGUCAAAGGAAUCUGAAUUGAAAGACUUUCAUCUUGCUGAAAUAGACAUCAUUGCAGCCCUGAUUAGAACAGACAUCAUACAAAGAUUGUACUACAUAUUGGAGACAAUCAGACCAAGUUUUAUUUGUGUUCAGUACUGCCUACAAAUACUGACAAGACUGGCUAGAGACUCAGUGGAAACAGCAAACAAAAUAGUUGAAUGUGAACAUUUAAUGAAUGCUAUUAUAAGAAAUUUCAUACCAACAACCAGUAUUAACUUCUUCUUCAGCCCUGAUAUGGUUUAUCGUGGGAAACCAAUCCUAUCUGCCUUAAAGCUAGUGAGAGUUCUAUCACUACAGACCAGAGAUAUUAGCACUGCUUUGACCAGUAAAUAUGAUGUCCUGACUCCAAUAUCUGAGUACAUAAGUUCAGGAGUAGAUGGAACCUAUGGACUUAGACUACAGAUUGAAGCAUUCUGUAUACUGUCUAACAUACUUACCUUUGGAAUUGGAAUAGAUAAUGCUAUGUCGGUCUGUCCUGUUGUGGUGACAGCAUUAUACAAGCAUGUGCAGGGAACAGAUGUGUACAUCCACACAUCAGUCAUAACUGCCACUCAUGCUGCUGUGGUUUUGCAACUUGUCAACAAGAUAUUGGUGUGCAAGAUGAACAUGGACAGUUACAAGCACCAGAUCUAUCCCCUACUCCUGCAGGGAGUGCAGAAAUGGAUGACACAACUUUCAUCUUCAGACAUGUACACCUGUGGCCAUCUUCGUUUGCUCAGCUCUGUACUGGAUUGCUGCAAAUCUAUUCUAUACCUAGAACAACUUCCAGUGAAAGCUUUAAAUGAUUCCCUGAAAGUCUUUGCCACCUCCAAAGGCUAUAAACAAAUUAUCAAGAACCUCAUACCAAGUUCUAAUUUGCUCUCAGGAAUAGAAAACAAAGAUCUUCAAUUAGUAAAAAACCUGAUGAGCCUGGGAGGGUCAGUCAUUGACUCCAGACAGAAGGUCUUGCCCGUCCUCAAUGUGACUUCCCCUGUGCCUUUUCUAGUUUCUCUCUUUACAAUAUUGGAAUGGAUAGAUGAUAGAGAAACGACAUUAAAGUAUCUACAGGAAAUACAAGGCUACUUCACAAAGCUGGCGAAAACGUCACCUAGCCUGUCUGACAACUGGUUUACCAGGCUGGAGACUGAUUUUGUGUACAGUGCUAUAAGAAUUUCUGCGAAAGAAAAUAUAAGCGAGGCCCAUAAGGACCUUUUGUAUGCCGUCUCAAACAAGUUGUGCUAUAUUCUAAGAAACGACAAGAAGGCUGAAUUAGAGUUUCUCUUUGGCCACAUUCUGUUCAACAAAGCGUGGUUUACCGCCGAAAGACUCAUGAAUCUCAUGUCGCUAUCAGAUGCCGAGAGCUUAUCGGUAGCUUUAACAACAAUUGAAAACAUAAAGCUGUGCUACAGUAAAGUUUUGAAUGUAGAAUACCGGUACACUGGUCCCAAUGUGGUGCUCAGAGAAUGGCGUGAACCAAUUCUUCCUCGAGAUUGGAUAUACUUGCCGAUACUCCACCUCUAUGGUCGAAGCCAAGAAAUGGAAGUUAAUAAGAAUCCAGCUAACCGCCUCGACGAAGUGACAGCUCAGUUAGAAGCCAAGCAAAAGGAAUUCAUAAUAGCCAGCAGUUUAGAGUGGAUUUUAUUCAACGAAGUGUGCUUUUCAGACUUGUUGAAGGACAUCGACAUCACAGAUAGAUUCUGCAGGAUCAUGUGUGUAUACUUGUGUGAUAAUUCCCUGUUCCUGGAUGAGAGGAUCAGAGUGCUGUUGCGUCAAUGUGUGCAAACACUAUUCAAGAAGGAAAAGAGGACUCCUUUCAAUUUCGAUAGACAACUCAUGGGGUUAAAUAAUUUCCAAGACUUUUACACACAGUUCCUCGAGCAGUUUCAAUCUGUUAGUUACGGAGAUGCGACGUUUGCCGCGUGCACUCUCGCGCCGUUAGCCCAGAAACAUAAUGUGAAAUGGCGGAAGCUUCUAUGGUCAGAGUACGCAGGAUGUCUCAGGGCUCUAGAUUGUCCGGAGAAACAACUAUGCUAUGACUUCAAGGAGUAUUUGCACCCAGAGGAGACUGAUGACUCGUUACUCAAGUCUUAUUUCCAAGCUUUAUCCAGUAAUUUGUUAAGACCGAACACUUUAGCACAUAGAAUAGCGUCGCAUCAUGUGGAAUGCCAUAAGAAAAGAAAAAGUGAUAGUACUAAGUAAAGUUAAGUAGGAAUUAUGUUUUUUGUAAUUACUUAUUUUGGUCUAAUAUGGAGAUCUUAUUAAUAAAAGACAACAUAUUAGAUAUUUAAAA